UUCCUCUCUAGCCCUGAGGAUUGGUUCGUUGUGCUGCUGGCCGGGCCUUUCUUUGAGAAGACAAAGGAAGUUCAAACCCCAACGGAGCUGAUUUCGGUCUUUGCCAGGAACUGCUUGCAAGAUGAGCCAGCACCGCUGGCACCACGAGUUGACCACUUGCAGCUGGAAGGAGAGUCGAUUCAGGUGCAGCAUUGCCGUCCUCGCUCUGCCUGCCUCUCCGCUGCGUUGAAGGAAGGCCUUGUGGCCCGUUCGACUCCGUCGGGCUCGGCGGCCACGGCGGCGUAUUUCGCCCUGGCGCGGCAGAUGAAGUUCCAGGUGAAGGGGUGGUGCCUCUGUUCGUUUUCUGGUGCGAAGAUGCCGCUCUGGCAACUGCUUCCGGGUCAUCAGCUGAUGCUCGUGCGCCAGAACGCCUCACCUGUUCAAUUUCAAGGGACCCACACCCCACCAAUGGACGCCGGGCCCCUCGGCCCCUCGAGCUCCACUGUGGACGUCUUCCUCUUCCACACGUCCACGCCGGCAGCUGAGUGCUGGCCCGGCUCGUUGAUUCUGGCCCCCACUGGCUCGGGGAAAAGUACCUGGCGAUCGCUGGCGCCCAUCUACUGUCCAGAGGGAGAAGUGAUGGAAGAUGUAACGUUCCACCCGUCCUACCACAAGUCCAUCCGCCUGUCCAGCGGUGCCUGGCUUUCCUCGGCGGCCACGGAAAUCUUUCUGCGCGAUCUGGCGCUGCUGAUGCGGUGGCUGCGGUCAGCGGGCGGACCUGGUGGAACGAAGAGGAUCACCUUCAACUGCAGCGGUGAGGCCGUGGCGGAAGUGGUGCUGGUCCUGCCCCCAGAAAGCGUGCACCGUCGCAACUUGGCCUCGCGCCGUGCCAGCGACGCGGCGGAGGAAACGACGGGGAAUGACCCGCCUGCAAAGAAAUUCAAGCGUGAUGCUUCGUUGAGUGAGUUCGAAGCCGGAGCCAAAACCAACCGAGAGACAUUGCUUGCAGCAGCACAGAAGUGUGGCGUCCAUGUUGUCGCAACCUUCGCUGCAGCAGCCCCGGCAGUGCGAAUGUACUGCAAGCUUAGGCUGCUUGGAAAGCUGAUCAACCCAAGGCCAUUUGUUGGAGAUCCCUCGCAACUCACCGAGUUUUAUGAUGUGACCAUGGCCUGCGGACGGCGGAUUCAUGGCUGGUUGCACAAGGAUGCCCCAGUUGGUGCGCAGCCCACUGUUUGGCAGAUCAGCGCCAGCGUGCUGAAAGGUGCUGAGGCAGAGAAUGCUUAUGUGCUGAAGACGUUGAGUGGAUCCAUUUUACUGACAGAUGGACGAACUCUGAUCAGUGCGGAGGUUUGGGUAUUUUGGGUUCUGGCCUUGGUUCCCAUAAAUUUCUCUGCCAAGACCACCAAAGAUGUCACUAAGAUGCAUGGCCUGCAGUUGCAUGCCGCGGUAUGUGAUGGUUGUGCUGGACUUGGUGUGGAAGAUGGCCCUUGGCCACAGGCAGUUCUGCUUCUGCCCCAGGACCGGUUGGUGCCCAAUGAGAGCGAGAAGGCUGGCUCCAUUCGCAGCCACUUGCCGAUGCCGAAUGCUUGGCUGAGCGCAGCGGCUAUCCUGUGGUAUCCUGGAUCCUUUGCUCCAUUUCAUGUGGGACACUUAAAUUGCCUACGAGCAGCCAAGAAAGAGCUCAGCGAACAUUUGCAUCUUGCUGGUGCGUACGUGCAACCGCAACCCUUUGGUCAUUUGGCCUACAAGAAGUUGGACGACAAAUCUGCCCUCUUGGCAGCAGAUGUGGUGCGCUUGACCAUGUUAGAGCACGUCAUUUCGAAGGAAGAUUGGGUCAUGGUCGAUCCCCGAGCGGUCCUUCGAGGGAAAGGCAGCAAUCUCGAACACCUCAAUGCUUUGCGCCGCAAUUUGCAAGCUGCAAGGGAGCACGUCGCGGGCUACGUCUCAGGAGCUGGUGAAGUUCUGAAGUCGCUUGAGAUCGUAUGGGUCAUGGGGGACGAUGCGUUUCCCGGCUUCAGGGAGAAAUUCCUGGACCCCAACUCCUGGCACAGCAAGCAGAUGGCUCGAGUGCUGCAAGAAGGCAGAUUUCGGCUAUGUGUUGUGCACAACCGCCCGUCUCAGCGGACCCACUGCGAACGUGCAGGAUUACCCUUCGAGGUUUUAGAAGUGGAUGCCGCCGGGGAGUUUUCGGGUGACUUCAGUGCCACGGCCCUGCGCACUGCGUGGCUGAAAGGCGCUGGUGAAAGCGAACUGAGCAAGUUUCUUGGGAGCCAGGAAGCUGCCCGCUAUUUGUGCAGCCUGCGGUGA